GACGCAGUCUUCCGGAGGCGUGGGCUAAUGCGAGCAUUGGAUUUAUAGGGGCUUUUAAAAAGGAAAAAAAAUAUGAAACUCAUACUGCACAGCGUAAAACACUUAAACAAGCCGUCACACAAACCAAGAGCGAACUGAUUAAGGACCAAACAAAUCGGUCAUUUGAUUGUUGUUUUUCAGCACCGCGGAGAGCGUCCAGAAACGAAGCGCUGCUGACGCAGUAUUUAAUUUCAUUAUGUUGCAUAACUUUGAUCAGUUGCUGUGAUCUGUUUUCGUUUAUUAUUAAAACGGUUUCUAUUAUUUUGACACAUCUUGUUCACGGCUCGCCGUCUCUUCCGGAAACUGCCAUUCUCCUCCCACUCAUGUUUUUCCUCCGGCUAUCUUCCACGCAAGGAUGACAGCAGCAUCCUUAGGCCUACUAUCAUCUGUUAGGAACAUCUGGAUAAAAUUAUAAAGAUGAACGUUUAGAAAUUGAAGAUGGCUGGAUGACGUCCCAGUCUCUUCUUCCUGGCUCGAUGGGAUCAGAGAUUUGCAGUUCCUUCGCACGCUGACAUUGUUAUUGUUGAGCCAGUUGUAACUGCAGCGCCUGCUGGGCAGCAGUGAGCUGGGUGGAGGAUAAAAUGAUCCAAGGCUCAAACAUUUUGGGCUAUGAGAGGCCCCUGGUCAUCAGGAUAUCAUUUGCCACUUGUAUUGUUGUUACUGUGUGCCUGCCACUGUUAGGACUCAUCACUUGCGUCUCUAUAUCCUCUCUCUUUCACUUUGAAGAUGCUACUGGUACACAUUGUCAGGUUCCCAACUACCUGCCAUCCAUCAGUGCCUCUAUUAGCCUCAGUCCUGAGUGCCACAUCUGGCGGUUCUGCAUUGGACUACACUCUGCUCCGAGGCUUCUGGUGGCCUUUACCUACUUCAGGUUUUACAAGUCCCGCUUUGCUGCCAGGUCCUCCGAGAGCGCACUCAGCUGCUUGAACUUGACCUUUUCCAUUUUUGAGAACCUGGGACUGCUGCUUCUUACAUAUGUGUCAUCUAAUGAGACAUACUUUGUGCACAAGGAAGGUUUCGUCCUCUUCAUUGUGAGUUCACUUAUCUACAUGCUGAUAACCUGCCGUUUGUGGAGAUCGAUUAAGAAGUAUUCAUUAAGUCCCGAGGAUGCCAAGUCUCAUCACUGGAAGGUUCGCUUCUUACUCCUCAAUGUUUGCUUUUGUGCUUUUGCUGGAUUCUUUUACUGGAAGCACAACAUGUACUGUGAAUCAGGAAGUUACACCUUUUUUGCGCUGUUUGAGUACCUUGUCGUCUUCUCCAAUAUGGCCUUCCAUCUGACAGCAGUGUGGGAUUUCAAGAGUCGGGAGGUUGUGGUCAUUUCCUCCUUUGAGGAUAAAGACUUCUGACUAGAACCUAAAGAUGAGCAAGAUAAAUGUGCCGGCACUAAACCACAAGACGAAGACAGCAGCAAUCCUGUUGAAGAAGAUUGGGAUGGGCUUUUCCACAUUUUUUCAUAAGGACUUGAGAUUUAAGAGCUUAAAGUGUGUUAAUGUCAGUCAAGUGCAAACAGAUGAUACACACAUAUAUACAUGAUGGAUGGAGAAACAGCUUUUGUUCCAAUGUUGCUUAUGGUUGCCUUCAAUUUCACACAUUAUUUUAGGUGAUGUGAAAUUUUACUUUGACAUCAAGCACAGCAAGUACUGUAUGUCUGCCAAAGUACAUUAUAUGUGUUUUAGUAAUCUGAAUACAUCCUCACAAGUAUUUGCUUCAAACACAGAAUUUUAUAUCCUAACCAAGUAUAUUAUUCAUAUUGUUGUUGAGACCUGGAAGUGGUGUUCCAGUCGUGUUUUAUAAUAAGCAUUUGAACCCAAAAUAAUAUUAGUUUCUCUGCUCAAGAAUAAACUUACUUUCAUUGAUCGCCAAUAAAAUGGCACAUACCUCCAGAUUGGCAUAGAUGACAAAAGUCAGAUGUUAUCUGUCAUUUGAACCUUUUACGUUACGUUUUGUUAAUAAAGCAUUUGUUAAGAAGGAACACCUUUGGCUGUGGAAUAUAACACUAACAGUGAUGCUUGUUUAAAAUAACAGUAAAUGUAUUACAUUGUGCCACUUCAAAUGUGCCGCAUUCACCCCUUAACAAUCUGCUUAUUUGUAAAUGAAACUCUUUUUUAUAGAGAUCUAAAAAAUUAUGUUUCAAUAAUUAAACAAUAGUGGUUUUGUGUGCUCUAUGAAUUAAACAAGAUUCCAUAUAUAUUAAAAUGUCUAAAAAUAUAGGAGCCUUUUUUAUUAUUUUUCCCUAUGAAUUGGAAAAACGGGAAUUUUAAACGAUUGCAGUGGAAAAAUCAUUCUCUUGAAGGGUUUUGCGAUGUUUUAUCGUGUCCACUAGAUGGCUCACUGUCUCUGCUCAUGAUUGUACGUCACGGAUGUUUUCCGUGGAGUAAUAUCUUCCACACCAUUAGUCUUGUCUGUUUUGUUGCUCAUUUGUGUUGUUAAUUUUGCUUGUUUGUAAACCCCUUUAUUAUCAAUAAAGAAGAAAAAAAUCUUCCACACCAUUACAUCAAA